CCAGUAAAAGCUUGCGCUACCUUAUUGAUGUCACAAAUAAAAAUAUUAGGGCAUUAAAAACUUUAAAGCAGCCAACUGAACAUUGGGACACAUUAAUCAUCUUUAUGAUCUCACAGAAACUAGACAGCAGCACAAGCCGAUACUGGGAGGAGCAUCGUAACAAACUUUCAGAGCCCCCUACUUUAAAUCAAUUAAUUUUUUUUAUUGAAAAUCAAAUUAACCUACUUGAAAAAAUAGAAGAAAACAGGAAAAUCAACCUUAAAUCUAAAGAAACAAAUAACAAUAAUUACAAUAACAAAUCUACAAAUUACAUCAUACAAUCUAAUAGCAAUCAAAUUCAAUCAAAUCAUUCGAAAUGUUCAUUAUGUAAUGAAAAUCACUUGCUUUACACCUGUGAAACAUUCAGGAGCUUACCUACUGAGGUGCGCAUUGAAAAGGCAAAGAAUUUAAAAGUUUGUAUGAAUUGCUUACGCUUAGGUCAUACUGACAGAACGUGCAAGCUAUCCCAUUGCAAGUACUGCAAAGCACGACACAAUACCCUUUUACAUUCAGAGCUUGAGCGUAGCGCAGCGUCAAACCCCAUGCCAGGCGCUGAUAAUGUUGCUUUUUCAGCCAAUUUUGAACACAGUAAUACAGCUUCUUUUAUAUUGCUUUCCACAGCUAUGGUGAGAGUGCGUGGUGCCGAUGGCACUAAGCACCCCGCCCGAGUUUUGCUGGACAACGGUAGUACCGCCAACUUUGUCACAGACGCCUUUUCAUCCAAGCUUGGGCUGUCACGACACGGUACUAGCUCCACUACAAUCACAGGUAUAAACAAUCAGACCUCUUAUAGUACACAGUCUUGUAAUCUCACGCUCGAGUCCUAUUACGGUAACUAUACAGUCGACUUAGGUUGUCUAAUAUUGCCUGAGGUAACAAAAGUAUUGCCUUCGCGUUUCAUACCUAGAACUCAUGUCCCUCUGCCUUCGGGUCUACAUCUAGCUGACCCUACAUUCAACAUUCCGUCAGUCGUAGACAUACUUGUAGGGGCUGAAAUCUUUUGGCAAGUAUUAUUACAUAAUACCAUCGAUUUAGGUAAGAAUCAACCUACACUUCACGAAACGAAAUUAGGUUGGAUUGUUUCAGGUCUUGUGGCUUAUUCUCCACGCCUUCAAUCUCAAUCUCACUUCUGUAGUCUUAUCAAAAACGACGUCAAUUUUAAUAUAGAACGUUUUUGGGAACUCGAUUCAGUUCCAUUAAAACACUCACUCACAAAUGAAGAAAAUGCAUGUGAGCAACAUUUUCUUCAUAAUACUUAUAGAAACGACGAUGGCCGCUUUGUAGUUUCUAUUCCAUUAAAAAGGGAUCCUCAAAUAUUAGGAGACUCUCUUCAAAUGGCUAUAAGUCGAUUUUUAUCCUUAGAGCGACGCUUUCAGAGCUCCUAUUAAGCCCACCACAAUACCGCGACUUGAGCUUUGCGGAGCGUUAGCAGCUACAAGACUGUGUACCAAAGUUCGUGACUCUCUAACCA